GUCGUGGGUUAAAUUCAAUAAUGUGUGUGUUUACAUCUCUGCCAGUCGCACAUCCGCUGGCCGUCCAUGUCCGUGUCCCUUUCCCUGUCCGUGUCCGCCUCCAGCGAGAAAUUGGGAAAUCCGAGAGGCAACUCGCCUAUAAUUAGCCAUUACUCCAUGACGCCGAGCGGCAAGAGCGAACGGUGCGCGAAUCGAGAGCGAGAAUAGCGGCAAGAAAAGCGUCGAGAAAAGCGAGGAAACUUGGCCGAGCGGAGAGUUGCCUCGGCGGCGGCGCGGUCAGUUGCGAUUCGAUAAUCGGCGGUAGCAAGAGCGGGAGAGUUGUGAGAUUACCCAAACGCUGGUCAUUCAUCCUGGUGUGCGCCAUGUCCCAGACGGAGCAGGAGCAGACUCCCAAGUUGCAGUUGCAGCAGCCGAUGCAGCAGAUGACCAUCAGCGCCUCCACGCAGGAGCUGGCCGAGCUUCUGGACAUUCACCUCGGCGCGCUGCGUCCCAAGGAGCCGGCAUGGCGCGUGGCCGACUCGCCCAUCUCUGGGCGUGGAAUCUUCGCCAGCAGGGAUAUCGAGGCUGGCGAGGAGCUCUUCCGCGAGCACACCCUGCUGGUGGGUCCCACGGCUCACCGAUCCACCAAUCUGCGCACCUGCACGCUAUGCUACCGUUUGAUACCCGGCACCACCGACCCGGAAGCUCUCUGUCCGGCUGGCUGCGGCCUGCCUGUGUGCCUGGCCUGCCGGGAUUCCCCACGCCAUGAACUGGAGUGCAAGCUGUUCCGCAAGUGGCGGCCGCUGGAGCAAAAUCGGAUCGAGCCGCGAGCCCUGCGCAUCCUCAGCGUGGUGCGUUGCUUCUUCCUGGACGAGCCACAGCGAAAGCUGCUCUACGCCAUGCAGGCCAACGCCGAUCGCUAUUACAUGAAGGAGGUGGAGCGAGCGGCCGCCUGCUUUGAGCACUUCCCGCGGGAGCAGGACAUGCUGGACUUCUUCUACCGCACCGUCUGUGCCUUCAACACGAACGCUUUUGAGAGCCGCAGCAACGUGGACGGACACGAGGUGUUGGUCCGGGCUUUAUACCCGCUGGCCGGGCUCCUUAACCACCAGUGCACUCCGAACGCGGCGCACCACUUCAAGGACGGGGAGACGAUUGUGGUGUGCGCCACGGAACGGAUAUCCAAGGGCGCCGAGAUCACCAUGUCCUAUGCCAAGCUGCUCUGGUCGACGCUGGCCCGGAAGAUGUUCCUCGGCAUGACCAAGCACUUUAUGUGCCAGUGCGUCCGGUGUCAGGAUCCCACGGAGAACGGCACUUACCUGUCGGCGCUGUUCUGCCGGGAGCAAGGCUGCCGCGGAUUGGUCAUCCCCGUCCAGACACGGACCCUGCAGCCGGACUGGCGCUGCCUCACCUGCGAGAAUGUCUUUCCGCACGCAAAGAUGGCGCGCUACCAGGAUUUUGCCCUGAAUACCAUCAACAAUCGGAUUAAUUCGUGCAGCGUCCAGGACAUGAUCCACUUCAUCAAUGAGCUGUGCCCGCGCUUCUGUCCGCCCUCGAACUACGUGCUCAUCGAGGCCAAGCUGAACGUCAUCUGGCGGAUGACGCGCUUCGACCGGGACCAGUACACCCCCGAGGAAAUGGCCCACAUGGAUCGGUAUCGGGAGGAGGUCCUGGCCAUACUGCAUAAGCUGGGCGCCGGCGAGUGCACCCUGAAGAAGCUGAUCACCGAGGAGAUUCCGUGAGAUCCAGUGAUGAUGAUGAUGAUGAUGAUGAUAAUGGUGCACUGGCUCAGUGGAUACUUUGUUCUCUGUUUGUGUUUAUUUUUUUUUUUUUUUUUCGGCGUGAUUGUGUGAGAGUGUGAAUGAGCGGGGGCCAUCCCAACCCCCAUUGUUGUUAAUCUACUUGUUAACUCGUAAGGAAACCAAUAAAUCACCGAGCUAUUA